AUGAGUCUUCUCUCCUCUUGCCUUGCUCUUCUCUUCGCCGUUCUUCUCGCCUUUGCCUCUGUUUCCAUGGUCAACGCUGAUCCCGUCCCGUUAUGCAAUCUUGCCCGGAAAAAUUUGAGGACAACUAAUCUGAAGACCAAUUGCGGCGGAUGGGUUAUGACAGCGGCAAGCUGCGUCCGAAAAAACGUCCGGUGGUACUACUAUUUGAGUUACAGAUACAAGCUCAAAGUCAAACGGCUCGCGUUUGGGAACAUGGUGACGUCGCUCUUUUUAGAGCUGGAAACGGAUAUUGACACCAGUGAUGAUUUCGGAAGGCGAGUAUGUCUCGAAGCUAGAGGCUUGACACUGAAAGAACCGAUGAUUGCUUUUGGAAUGGGAGACGGAGAAAAAGCCAAGUACAAGAGGCCGUUUUACGCGCUGACUGUCUUGAUGAGCAAGACACCUUCGGAGAUUCCGGAGGCCCGCUUGUUGCAAAAUAUGGCCCGACUUGGUACCAAGUGGAAA